GGACACUCAUAACUUGCAAUUUGGCGUUUCCUAAACACAAGUCGUGGGGAGAAUCUCUACUCAAUAUCUGUUUAUUGUGCUGCAUAGCGUUUCCUUAUCAUUGAAAAAGGUUGAAAAUGGUCCUACGGUGGUAUCAGGCAAAGCUUGCCCAACGGCCACUUUUAACCCAAGCGGUAACUACAGCGAUCCUGUUUGGUGCGGGAGACACGUUGGCACAGCAGGCCGUAGAGAAGAAGGGGUUCCGGAAUCAUGAGGUCGCCCGAACAGGGAGAAUGGCUUUGUAUGGAGGCUGCAUCUUUGGUCCAGCAGCCACCAAAUGGUACCAAUUUCUACAGCGAAAGAUCAAUCUUCAAUCGACCAACGCCACGAUCUUGGCUCGUGUUGCUGCAGAUCAGACAGUUUUUGCGACGGUCAAUCUCGGGGUUUUCCUGUCGAGCAUGGCCAUCAUGGAAGGUAGUGACCCCAAACAAAAGCUCGAGAAGAGCUACCUGCCAGGCCUCAAAGCCAACUGGAUGCUUUGGCCAGCCGUCCAGGCCAUUAACUUCAAGCUCGUGCCGCUGGAGCAUCGGGUUCUGGUUGUGAACAUUGUCAGUUUGGGGUGGAAUUGUUUCCUGAGUUACUUGAACAGUUCCAAGUGAGGGCUGGUCCCGCGGGAAUGUAUCUCGUUCAUGGCUGGAUCUGUACAGUAAGCUACGAGGGGUCAAGAUAUCGUGUUGUUAGAGAACGUUCUUUCGUUCGUUGUUAUAUGCAUUCAGGAACCGAUGGAGAGGUGUGAGCCAGAAGACAAGCUGAAAUGCACAUGUUGUCCGGCUAUUAG